CACUGACAGAGGAACUGAAUGUGAAGGACUAGGAACAGUCUACAGAGAAAGAACAGAGCCACAGAGCCGGGAUAGAACCGAAUCCCAGAGAGAAUCUGAUCUGGAGCCGCGUCUGAUCCGAUACGAGUCGUUCUUACGGCUCCUGCGCCGCGGAGAGAACGGACUCCCCCCGAAAUAAAGACCUGAACAAAUAAAGACUUUAACAAGAACCACGGGCUUCUCUGCUGCUCUUCUGCUAAAGGGCUGAUGGAAGCCCCAGAAUGCAGCGAGCUCUGCAGUGGACACAGUGGACACAUUGGACACAUUGGACACAGUGGACACACUGGACACAUUGGACACAGUGGACACACUGGACACAGUGGACACACUGUGGCUCGGGGACACAACCAGGUGACCGUGGCUCCGCCCCCCUCCACACGUCAGUACAAAGUGAGACGGCCUCUGUUCACUCCUCAACAGCAAACGCCAGUUCUGAAGAAAACACAAGCAGAGCCACAGGGUCACACAGAGAACAGCCCGAGUGGGAUAUGGCCCCUCCACAGACCCCAGAUGAGGGUCAGAGAGGAGCAGACCGGGGUCAGAGAGGAGCAGACCGGGGUCAGAGAGGAGCAGACCGGGGUCAGAGAGGAGCAGACCGGGGUCAGAGAGGAGCAGACUGGGCUCAUGAGCCCGUCUGUCCUGCCCCGGCUGACCCCCCCGGUGCUGCUCUCCAGGUACACCCCCCUCUCAAGUUGCCGGACACGAACUCUUGAACAAACCCUUUGCUCCAGCUCCUCAUAUCAGGCUGAAUACUGGGCCUGUGCCAUUCCCAAAGACCCUCCACCUACACCGUCAGGGAGAAACCCCCACAAGGACUAUGAGGCUCUGCUGGACUACACCUACCCACUGAGGCCGGGGCCUCAGGUCGGGGACUGGACCCUGCAGGACUCGGGGAUUGAAGUGGACCACCUCUCCAGUAGCCUGUCCUUCAGUGACAUGGAGAGAUCAAAAGACCCCCUCUGUGUAGGUCCAACCUCAGGACACUCAGGGAGCCCAUGUCCCGCAGCACCGUCCUCCCCAGAAGACCCUGAGUAUGUGUUAUCCUCCCCAGACCGCGUGCGCGGCGUGUCCUCUCCAGCAGACCGCGUGCGCGGCGUGUCCUCUCCAGCAGACCGCGUGCGCGGCGUGUCCUCUCCAGCAGACCGCGUGCGCGGCGUGUCCUCUCCAGCAGACCGCGUGCGUGGCGUGUCCUCUCCAGCAGACCGUGGUGUUUUAUCAGACCAUGAGUGGAGUCAGCAGAAGGACACAGACGUCUCCUCCAUCUCGGCCGCUCUCAUAACUCUGCCCUGGGAGAGCGGUGUCCAGGACGACGAGGAGUUCAGACCCCUCCCAGAGAAGAUAGAACUGCUCCAGCAGCUGUCACAGCAGGUGCGUGAGGCAGCAGCCAUUUUACGUUCUGGUCACUGUGCCUCGGUGGCUCUGGACGCUCAGGACACGCCUCAGACUCGUCCCACAGAAGACAGACCUCAUCUCAGCACUGAAGACUGGAUGGACUCCCUGAGAGGACCAGAGCAGCCCCGCCCCCUCACAGAGCACCGCCCCCUCACAGAGCACCGCCCCCUCACAGAGCAGCACCGCCCCCUCACAGAGCAGCACCACCCCCUCACAGCGCACCGCCCCCUCACAGAGCAGCACCGCCCCCUCACAGAGCAGCACCGCCCCCUCACAGAGCAGCACCGCCCCCUCACAGAGCACAUCAGUGUGUUCUGCUCUCACCUGGAGCGGCUCGUGCGUUGGCUCUACGCCGCCUCACAGACGAUCGAGCGACUGGCCCCGCCCACAGUGGACAUCCACAGUGUCAAGUCGUCUCUGGCUCAGUACCAGAGUUUUCAGCGAGACGUGAGCAGCCACACGCCCCUGACCUCCAGCGUUCUACAGACAGGUCACCUCCUACUCAGCUGUGUCCAGAGCACGUCCCCAGUUCUCAGAGACACGCUGCUGUUGAUCGAGAGCCAGUCCAGACUUCUGGAGAGACACAGAGAACAAUUCUUCUCCUCCAUCCUCUCUGCCAUGGACAGUCUGACCCAGCCACACACGGGCGGGGCAUCAGGGGCACAGGGGGCAUCAGGGGCACAGGGGGCAUCAGGGCCACAGGGGGCAUCAGGGGCACAGGGGGCAUCAGGGGCACAGGGGGCAUCAGGGCCACAGACCAGAGCCCAGAGCCGUGUGGGUGAGCUUUAAACCAUGAGCUUUAUUAACAAACCUUUUUACUGAACGCAUUCAUCAGACCAAGGCUUAGUUUGUUUUCAUCCCUGACAGUUUGCUCUGCUCACUAGCGCCUCAGAGUGGUCACAUGAUGCUGCUGUGACGCGAUUGGUCAGCUGAUUUAAACGGGAUUUGGCGCUGUCUUCCUCCUGGUGGAGACAGGACUUUCACUGCACAGAAAAUGGAACAUGGGACAGAAAUAAGGAAACAGUGAAGGCGAGCACACGAGCAACAGAACAAAAAACAGGAACAACUCAAAUCAGCCAUUUUGAUCACUGCAAAAGAGAGAAGCACAUUAUGGACUGGGGCGGAGCAGACGUCACUGGGGCGGAGCAGACGUCACUGGGGCGGAGCAGACGCCUCUGGGGUGGAGCAGAUGUCAGAGAACUGAAACAUCAUCGCUGGAUUAAAGAGGCAACAUACAGUUACAUGCCCAUGGGACGUUAAACCGGGACGAGGGGCCUUUUUACUUUCACACACCUGAGAUACUGUCCUGCUGUUCGACUGCAGAUGGCGCUGUCUUCCUGCUUCCACCUGGAGGAAACCCAGUGCAAAAAUCUGUUUAAAUCAGCUGACUGGACGGGUGACAUGACCACUCUGAGGCGCUAGUGAGCCGUCCAAACUGUCAGGGAUGAAAACAAACUGAACCUUGGUCUGAAAAAAGAUGAAAAAGAAUCUGAAAUAAAAAUCAGACCAGGUGAAGCUCGUUCGGACGUUGCACCGACUGAGACAGGACUGAUAUUUUCACAUUAAAGUGCAGGUUGAACUACACAUUUUACUAAAACACACUUAAGAUCAUUAUGUUUAAGACUUUACACAAUAAUAUAAACUUUUUUUCCCGGUUUGGCCAUUUUUUUAGGUUUCAAAUUUUACUUCCUGGUUGUAAAUGAUGACCUCACACUCGGGAAUUCCUUAACUGUUACCGCAACCACGUGGUACACCGCACAACCACGUGGUACACCGCACAACCACGUGGUACACCGCACAACCACGUGGUACACCGCACAACCACGUGGUACACCGCACAACCACGUGGUACACCGCACAACCACGUGGUACACCGCACAACCACGUGGUACACCGCACAACCACGUGGUACACCGCACAACCACGUGGUACACCGCACAACCACGUGGUACACCGCACAACCACGUGGUACACCAACGCCUCUAUGUCACAGAGGUUAAUAUGAGACACAUGGAAAUGUAUAAGAAAACAACCUUUGGACCAGUGAGAUGUCAUCAGUGUGAUGUCAUCAGUGUGAUGUCAUCAGCGAGAUGUCAUCAGUGUGAUGUCAUCAGUGUGAUGUCAUCAUUGUGUUCUACCUCCUGUCAUUUUCAACACAUCUUGUUUUGUGUAAAACUAUAAUUUAUAUUUUAACAGGUUUUAUUCACCAGAUUAAGUCACAAUGAAGAGAAUCAAGAAGAACUUUUCUGCAAAACUCAAUGUAAACCAGACAUUUUAUAAACACACACACACCCCGACACACACACACACACACCCACACACACAGUCUAUGAGACAUCAAACAAAUCUAACUAACAAAUGUGACAUUAUUUAUUUUCCAAAGUGCC